GGUGCCGUUGUUCUCUGUUCCAUUUGUUCCAUUUGCUCCAUGUGCUCCAUUUGCUCCUGUGACACUACCUGCGCGACACCGGUAGAAGGCGCUGCGCGACACCGGCAGAAAGCUCAGAGCUUCGGACAGACCGUAAGUACAGAUUCAUUCAAUUUUUCUUUCUUUCCUUUAUUUUAAUGGAAAAACUGAGAAAACCGCUCACAAAUCUAUUAUUUCAGACUCGCAGGAGGUUCUCUGAGCUAACCGAGCUGUUUGUUUACUCUGACUUUAUUUGUUGCUUUACGAUGUUUAGCUAAUGUAGCGGCUGGGAUUUAACGUCCGCACACAGUCACUUAUUAAUAUUACUGCGAUUUAUCAAACACACUGUCAGUGAGUGUGGUAUAGUUCAUACGUUUAAACUGUAUAUAUUCACUUGUUGUUACACGGCCAAACUCCAUCACGUCUGUAGCUGCUUAGAACUUGUUUAUACUUGACUAAAAAAUGACUGAAAUGAUAAAUGCAUGAUGUGAGCAUGAUUCUCACUCACUGUGUUUUCUCCUAUCAAUUUCACCAGCUUUUAACCGAAUAAGUGAGUUUUCUUUCAAAAACAGUUUCAGCAGCUUUUAAAUGAAAAAAUGGAGCAUCCUAAAUUUAGGAGGACCCCCUCAGCAAGGAGGCUACAGGGCAAAGGGUCCGGAGGAGGUGGGUGCAGAGGCCUGUGCCCACGUUGCCUCAGAGGGUGGCGAUGCCAGCAACGCCACCCUCACGCUGAGCCGGUGGAAGGUUCAGUUUGGCCGUUACCAGGGUCAGACCUUCCACUGGCUGAUGGAGAACGACGUGGGCUACGCUGUCAACCUGGUUGCCUCCCACCAGAAGGAGCGAGAGAGGACAGGUUCUCAGUCCCCACUCAUGGCCAACAAGGACGCCUUCACCCGCUACGCCUCAGCGUACCCUGACUUUGUGGAGGCGGUCAGGUUCCACCGUGCGUUUGAGGAGGCGCGUGCGAAGUCCCUCCAGCCUGGUCAGGAGGGACAGGCUCUUGUUGGCUUUGGGGACUUCAAAUUUGAGACCCUGCAGGGCCUGUAUGAGUCUCAGGAGCCCAAGAAGAAACGGUUUGUCAACUACCUGCGAAGGACGGCACCAGCUCCUGGGUCACAGAUGGAGAACGCCGUCCGUUAUGUCAAGAAGAGAGACCGACAGAGAGCGAGUGCUGCUACAGCCGCCACCAGCAGCAGCAGCAGCAGCAGCAGCACAGCCUCUGUCUCAGCUGCAAAGAUGGGGCCCAAAAGCACUUCACAGUACGCAUUUCAUUUAGUGUUUGUCUGCCUUUGA